GGGCUGUAGCUGUAGACUGGCGACUGUGGAGGGCGGCAGGAGACGGCGUCAUCGCGGGUCGUCACUCACACACCGCGGCGUGACCCGGCCCUGCCCCUCCGCACAACCAACCAACCCUCCCUCCCUCCCGCCUAUAAAACACGUCAGCGAGCCGUCACAGCUCAGUCGGGGUCGAGAGAGGCUAAGAGAGAGGACCUCCUGUUGUCCUCUAGUAUCUGAUCUGACCACCGCACGUUCUGACCAACCAACCAUUCCGAUGUUCUUCAGUCGUUGUAUCUGUACAUGGUGAUCAUAUAGACAAGUUCUAACGCUGCAGUUCCGUUCGCCGCCGCUAGGGGAAUCCUGUUGGUUGCUGAAUCAGUCCGUACCUGACGUCCCAUGCACCAGUACCAGUAGGGAGGCUUAGCCUGGAGUCAGGACGGACGUGCGCUGCUGACAUCUCCUCUUCAUCCGCGAGUCCCGUCGCCGCAAACGACUUCCUCCUGCUGCCAGCUGAUGCUUGGACGUUGCUGAUAUUUUAGUCUUGUGAUAUAGAAAAGGAAGGAUUUUAAGUACGCUGUGCGCUGGUUUAGUGCUAGGAUAAGUCGCGAUGAGUCUGGUCGGAGGUUACGCGAUUCAUCCCGUGACGGCCUCGCACCACCACCACGGCGAGCCCUACCCGGCCUUCCCGCCCGGCCCCUGCCGCCCAGAGGACUCCCCCUACACCUACACGGGCUGGGCCUUCGCCGCGCAGGCCACCGAGCUCUCCCCGAUGUCGCCCGACCAGUACUCCGUCAACGGCUACAGCCCGAUGUCGAGCCCGUCCGUCAGCCCGCCGGACUAUCCCACCCGCCACCAUCGGGGCCACGAGACGUUUCCCCCGCCGAACGGCUUCCACCAUCACCACCACCACGGGCACCACCUCAACGGGGUCCACCACCACGGCGCGCCGCUCAAGCGGCCCAGGGGCUCCGCCAACAAGAAGGAGAGGAGGAGAACGCAGAGCAUCAACUCGGCGUUCGCGGAACUCAGAGAUCGGAUCCCCAACGUCCCAGCCGACACGAAACUGUCUAAGAUCAAGACACUGAGGCUAGCGACGUCUUACAUAGCCUACCUCAUGGACGUACUAAACAAGCCCGAGGGUCAAGGGACGGGCACCGGGGACGCUUCGGGCUUCCAGGCCGACCUGAAAAAGAUGGACUCACGGGACGACAGCAGACGAGAAGACAUGGGCUCCAUCUUACAAUCUAGUAUCAAGAGCGAGAAGAAGUCGAAGGGAAGAACGGGCUGGCCGCAGCACGUUUGGGCGUUGGAACUCAAGCCUUGAGAAACGAACUUGUACAAUAUCACCAAAACCUGCUACGUCUACUUUGGGAACUACAAGAACUGUGCUUCGCAUCUUAAAGAAACCAAGCUGGCCUUGAGCACAAGAAGGAGGAUACGCGCCUUCAAGAAGCUUCUACGGCAAACCACACACGGAGAGGAAAUGUUGUAAGUAACUCCAGAGAGAAAGGAGAGAACGAGCUAACGGAUAUGUAGAGAGGACAGACCCCACAGUCGGUCGGCACUGAAAGACUCUCUUCCGUGGUGGGUAAGAAACGUUUCCGUAGCGUGUAGCCAGUAAGAGUUUCCCCAAGAUAAAAACACUACGAACUCAUGUCCUCUCCUUCCCAAACGUCGAAAACGCUAAAAGCCUUUCUGUGGAACUAGACGGGCGUGGGGAAACGACGCUUUUUGCAGGACACAAACUGAAACAUGUAUAGAGAUAUCUAUAUACCGCUGAAGACUGAAAGAAAGAGAGAUUAUACUGGAAUCAAAUGCCGUUUUGUGAAGAUUCCUUCGAUGCUUGUUCGGGCUAGCCUUGUUUUUGGUAUGAGUCUACAAACACCAUACUGCAUUCAUUUCCAAGAUUAUUUAGCAGUGUAUAUUCAGUGACCAACUUUAUAUGCCAUUCGGAACUGUGGAACGAUUCAUAAAAGUCCUAUUUUUGUACUUUUCUUUGUGUAAAAAAUAUAGGCAUUUAGUAAAAAAAUUAUAGUUACUAUUAAGUGUUUACAAAAUAUAUGUACAGAUUUAUAGUAUUUAUUUGAAGAACGACGAUUGUGAAAUGCUUACUUUUGCUUCACAAAAAUGCGAUGUUAUAGUUAGUUUCAUACUUUUAUAGUUAUUAGUUAGAAACUGUUUUUCUCGCAGAUUUAAACUGCUUGGCAUUAAGUUGAGCUUAGUGCGGAUUCUCUCCAACGCUUUUGUAAAGGUUUAACAGAACCUGCGAAACAUAAAACUCGUCAUACACUUGUUAUGUAGUUACACAAACCGAGCUUUUGUAUCGCUACAUCUCCUGGUCACGUCUGCCAUUUUUAUCCUGCGGCUUUUUAACUGUCACACCAAAAAUACACGCUGAGAUGUUUCAUUCUGAUUUCGU